CAACUCUUCUGACAAAAAUCCAUCCAAGCUAGCUCACAUUGCCUAACCGUGAGUCACAAGCAAAAAUCACAUUACAGAUUCGUGUUCUUUUCGCAAAACCCACAUACACACUUCUUUAUUUAAAAACCAAAUCACAUAGAGUCCACAGAUAGAGGCUCUCUCAUUGUUAUUCUUCUUUUGUUAUCGAUCCCCGUUCCAGUUAGUAUUACUUCUGUUAGACAAUGGAACAGUUUUCUUCAUUUCAAGGGUACGGGGACGACGUUACAGGACAAUUGGGAUUGAUUUGGCAGCAACUGAAAGCACCGUUGAUCGUCCCGGUUUUGAGGUUGCUGGUAGUGUUGUGUCUGGCAAUGUCUGUGAUGCUUUUUUUUGAGAGGGUUUACAUGGGUGUUGUGAUAGUCUUUGUGAAGUUGUUUGGUCGAAAACCCGAAAAGAAGUACAAAUGGGAGACCAUCAAGGAUGAUGUUGAGUUAGGGAAUUCUGCUUAUCCAAUGGUGUUAGUGCAAAUUCCAAUGUACAAUGAAAGAGAGGUCUAUCAGCUAUCUAUUGGUGCUGCUUGUGGACUUUCGUGGCCGUCCGAUCGCAUCAUCGUUCAAGUUCUUGAUGAUUCAACAGACCCCACAAUCAAGGUAUUGGACAACUAUCUUACUUCAUUUGCAUCAAUCAUGAAAAAGAACUUGGUGGAGCUAGAAUGCCAGAGAUGGGCAAGUAAAGGCAUAAACAUUAAGUAUGAGAUUAGAGACAACAGAAAUGGGUACAAAGCAGGAGCUCUCAAGGAAGGCAUGAACCAUAGUUAUGUUAAACAAUGUGACUAUGUUGCCAUAUUUGAUGCUGAUUUCCAACCCGAACCCGAUUUUCUCUGGCGCACCAUUCCAUUUCUUGUCCAUAACCCGGAAAUCGCCCUUGUUCAAGCCCGCUGGAAAUUUGUUAAUGCAGAUGAAUGCUUAAUGACAAGAAUGCAAGAGAUGUCAUUGGAUUAUCAUUUCACAGUUGAGCAAGAAGUAGGGUCUGCAACCUAUGCCUUCUUUGGUUUCAAUGGAACUGCUGGUGUGUGGAGAAUUUCAGCGCUAAACGAGUCUGGUGGAUGGAAGGAUCGAACGACAGUGGAGGACAUGGAUUUGGCUGUCCGAGCUAGUCUCCGAGGCUGGAAAUUUGUAUACCUUGCUGACCUAAAGGUGAAGAAUGAAUUACCAAGUACAUUCAAGGCCUAUCGGUAUCAGCAGCACAGAUGGUCUUGUGGACCUGCAAAUCUGUUCAAGAAAAUGGCAAUGGAAAUAUUAAGAAACAAGAGAGUUUCCCUUCAGAAGAAAUUGUAUGUGAUAUGCAGUUUCUUCUUCGUCCGGAAGAUUGUGGCUCACAUAGUCACAUUUGUCUUCUAUUGUGUCGUUUUACCAGCAACCGUCUUCGUUCCAGAAGUCGAAGUCCCCAAAUGGGGAGCUGUCUAUAUUCCUUCUAUAAUCACUCUCCUGAAUGCAGUUGGAACUCCAAGGUCUCUCCAUUUAUUGGUCUUCUGGAUCCUAUUUGAGAAUGUGAUGUCAUUGCACAGGACUAAAGCAACAUUCAUAGGUUUGUUGGAGACGAGAAGGGUGAAUGAAUGGGUUGUCACUGAAAAAUUAGGAGAUGCUCUUAAGACAAAAUUAGGCGUAAAGGCUCCCAAAAAACUGCGCAUUCGGAUUGGAGAAAGGCUACAUUUGCUAGAGCUGGCUGCUGGGGCAUACCUCUUCUUCUGUGGAUGCUAUGAUCUUGCGUUCGGAAAUAACCGAUACUUCAUAUUCCUCUUCCUCCAAUCCAUGGCGUUUUUCAUCGCUGGCGUCGGUUAUGUUGGCACCUUUGUACCUAACGCCUAGCAGAAACCCAAUGCAAGAACUAUCAUAACAUUGUAUCAUUCAUCAUUAUAGAGGAAUUUUACUUUUGAACUCAGAUUUUGAAGCAAAGACUGGCUGGUCAUUCUUUGAUAAUGAGCAUCAAGGCUUCAGG